AUGAAAUUCCGUAACUUAUAUUGGUAUGGCCGAAUAGGUAUUGGCACACCCACACAAUAUUUUACUGUUAUUUUUGAUACUGGUUCGCCCACAUUAUGGGUUCCAUCAGUCAACUGUCCUCGCUCUUUAUGUUAUGAUAGAAAUUUAUAUAAUUCUUUGAAUUCAUCAACAUAUAAAACAAACGGUAAAUAUUUCCGAAUUGAUUAUGCUGAUCGAGAUUAUGCAAACGGAAUUUAUGUGAGCGACACAGUAACUAUUGGUUCAUUAUCUAUUAAAAAUCAAUUAUUUGGUCAAGCUGAUGAUACCAGAUUUCUUGAAACAGAUAAAUAUGAUGGUCUUCUAGGUCUAUCCUGUUCAACAUCUGAUAUACGUUUAUCAUUAUGCCAUAAUAUGUGGAAGCAAAAUUUAAUUGAAAAGCCAAUAUUUUCAUUUUACUUUAAUGCGAAUUACACAGCAGAAGACGAUAACGAAUUAAUAUUUGGUGGUAUUGAUCAAACAAAAUAUGAAGGCACAAUAACAUGGGUUAAUAUUAUUCAUGGACAAAAAGAUUGGGAAUUCUUGAUGGAUAGUAUAAAUAUAGGUGAUAAAAGUAUAUGUUCAAAAUGUUAUGCUAUAGCUGACACAGGAACAACAUUUAUCGUUGGUCCUUCGAUCGAAAUACGUAAAAUUAAUAAAUUUAUUGGUUCUGAAUAUGAUUAUCGCAGAGGGCUUUACACCAUUCAAUGUAAUUAUUCAACUCAUUUACUACCCGUUCAAUUUCAAAUCAAUGAGCGAAUAUUUCAAUUACAACCAAAUCAAUAUUUAAUACCUUUGAAAAAUAAUGUAAAUGUAUGUGUGAGUGUAUUUGUAUCAAUAUUUUAUGAUCUAACAGAUUCACAUAGAAAUUCAUUAUGGAUAUUAGGCGAUGCGUUUUUAACUCGAUAUUAUUCAAUAUUUGAUUUAGAACAUAAACGGUUAGGUUUUGCUAAAUCAAUAUCAUACGAUCAAAAACAAAUGUGUUUUGAUUCAUUGUAUAAUGACGAUUCAACAACAACAAUAACAACCGAAGACGAUUCAUACCCAUUAGACGAUGAAUAUGCCAAUGAUGGUCGAUCGACAACUGAAAUGUAUAGUGAUGUUUAUGAAGAUGACUAUAAUGUUAACAUUCAAAUAGAACGUCUGAAUAACAAAAAAACUGAGCGGUAUUCUAUUGAAACAUUUGAAAGACCGUUAGAGAAAAUUCUACAAAUAGCGUAUGAUGGUAUGGAUUGUGCGGCUUCGAGUGGCUAA